CAUUUUAAUUUUGUUUCCUCUGUCGUGGAAUGACGCUCUGCUGCCGAUAUUAAAUAAAUUGAAUGAUCUUUAAAGUUUAACAACGUAUGUGAUAUAUUUCAUUGUGAACUAUUUGUGUACAAAAAAUGUCAAUGCUGAUUGUUUGAAAACGUAUAACUUUGUGUAUUUGUAGGUAACGGUGCAACAAUGAGUGUCAUCAUACGCCUGCAAAACCUCCCGUGGUCCGCCAAUGCCCUGGACAUUAGGAAUUUCUUUCGAGGACUCUCAAUACCGGAAGGGGGAGUCCACAUCGUAGGAGGCGAGCUCGGAGAUGCGUUCAUUGCUUUCAGUACGGAUGAAGACGCGCGUCAAGCGAUGAUGUUAGAUGGCGGCAAAAUAAAGGAGAUACAAGUGAAACUAUUGCUCAGUUCUCGUUCAGAGAUGCACAAAGUCAUAGAAGCGGCGAGACAGAGUGUACCGAUCCUGAGUUUGACCACACCAGCACCUCCUGUAGCCCCCGUCGCACCUCCGGUGACGCUUCCACAGCAGUUGGUACCUUCUAUACCACCCACCAUAACACCUUUCUCAACUGCAUUAGGUAACAAUCCAUUAGCAAACUUUGGCAUUCCUGGCAUUGGAAAUCCUCAAGAGAUCCCGCAACCGGCCGUCAUAGAACCUCCCGCACCUCUCGUCAGCCCAACUACAAAUCUUUCAGCAGAAGAAGAAGACAAGGAACCUGAGAGAAAAAGAAGUAGAGAGAAAGAAAGGCGUCGAUCCAAGUCUCGUUCUAGAUCACGAGACCGGAAAGAUAGAAAGAGAGAUCGACGGGAUAGAUCACGUUCCAGAGAGAGACGGCGACGUGACCGCAGCCGGAGUAGAGAUAGACGUGACCGUAAACGUGAUAGGAAAGACCGCAGUCGAUCCCGCGAUCGUUCACCAUCAAGAAGGUCUCGUGAUCGGCGCAAUGAUCGCAGAUCGCCUCAGAGCUCUCAGGAGAAAAAUAUCGAAGUUCAAAAUAUCGACAAUGUUAUGCCACCGGGACCACCAUCCAUUGCCAAUAACAACACUAAUUUUCCACCACAACAAAUGUUGCAUGGUGCACUGAUGCCAAACGGUGCUAUAAGCGCAGGAGAUGGACAAGCAAAUCUUUUUAACGAUCCUUCAAUGGCAGACGCAUUUAACAAACUUCAAGAGCUUGGCAAAAAACGUAAUCCCAAUGCUUUUCAAGGUGAUCAACAAAAUGGUACUGGAAGAUUCCCAGGCGGUAGGGCCGCUAAUGCACAGCGCGGUGGGAGUAGUUACCGUCGCGAAGGUCGGCCUUCGCGUUUUGAUAAUGAUCAACAGAGAGACUGCUGUGUUGCUAUCAGAAAUGCACCGAAUCAUACCAGUUACGGUGACGUAAGACGCUUUUUCCCAUUUAUGAUUGACAAACAUGGUAUUAAAAUGAUAAACGAUACCAUGGGACGAAGGACAGGAAAUAUCUACGUACGAUUCUGCGAUCCCCGGUCCAAACAUUUAGCUUUACAACGGAAGAAUAACGAGCUGAAAGGUUCGCCGGUUAACGUGGAAACUUUAGAUGACGAUGAAUACGAAACGGCUGUGGACUCAUUUCUUCCAUACAGGGAGGAAAAUGAUGACGAAGAUCCAGCCCUUAUUAUCGCUGAUAAUGAUGAUUCCCAACCACCUUACACUGUUCUGAAAUUAUCAGAUCUACCCAACUUUGUGAAGGAACAUGACGUCAUCAAAGCGUUCAGUGAUUUUUCACUUCUAUCCAUUGCUUUAAAUGACUGUCGUGUGACUCGGUCUAAAAUUGCAUAUGUACAGUUUGUAAAGCCAGAAGAUGCAAAGGCAGCUUUUGAAAGAAAAGAAAGACAUACUAUAUUCGGAAGACGCCCACCCACAAUCGUUACAAUGACCAGUGAAGAUUAUGAAAAAGAAAGGAUUUCACAAAAUGAUAAACCACAGGAUCCAGUGCUGCCGAUAGUCCAGGAGCAGCAACCAGAACCGGUUGUACCACGUGAUCCUCGACAACGACGUCAGUUCGAAGAUAAAGGGCGUAAGGUAAAUCCACAAGCACAGCCCGCUGUUGCAGGGGCGCCCUUUUUCAAUGCCCCUUUUAUUCCACAGCAAGGUUUCGGUGGACCGUUUCCCGGUGCACACCAAUUUACUGGGUUUCCCGCUCCUACAGGUAUAGAUGCUCAUGCUGCAGCAGCCAACUGGGCCGCUCGCCCCACAUUCGCUAAUCAAAUGAAUCCAAUGGCCGGGCCACCACAAGUUCCUAAAACAAACGCAAUAACUUCCGAUUUAAACGACGAGCCCUUAGACUGUGUACUGAUGAAGGGCUUACCACGAGCAUCAACAGAUAGAACAAUAGUGACAUUCCUCUCCGACACUAGUGCCGUACCAGCUCGUAUACACCUUAUGCUGGACUCUAGCGGCUCACCUUCCGGUGACUGUUUUUGUGAAUUCAGAUCUCCACAAGAAGCUAGAAUGGCUGUUAAAAAGCACGGCCAAAACUUAGAGGGGUGUCGAGUUACUGUCGAUCUCGUAGCACGUAGUGUAGUCGAAGAAGCAUUAGAAUCGAAGAAUCAACCUGAAGGCUUAUUGGGCAACGCUCCUGCCGUUCCACCAUACUUUGAUGCUCCGCGUGGAGGGUUUAUGAAUAGGGGUGGACCAUAUCGCGGAGGCCGCGGCGGUUUUGAUUCCAACAGAGGUUUCGAUAGAGGUGGAUAUAGGGGUGGCUUUGACCAAGGUCGCGGCAACUACCGGGGUCGUGGUUUUGACAGAGGAGGUCGCGGCUUUGAUAGGAGCAGAGGACGAGGAUUUGGACGAGGACGUGGUGGUUAUGAUAAUAAUCGCGACCGGGAGAUGCGAAAUGACGACGAACAAGACCCAGCGUUGGAGGAUUUCGGAGCCCCAGGUUGCGUGGUUUCAAUGGAGAACGUACCAUUCCGUGCCACUAUUGAUGAUAUAAUGAACUUUUUCAGUGAAUUUGAAUUAACACAGGAUGACGUAAUAAGAAGAUUUAACGAACGAGGGCAGCCCACGGGAGAUGCGCGGGUCGCUUUCCGCACACCAUUCGACGCUCAACGUGCGGUCAAGACGCGGCACAUGGACAUGAUUCAUGAUAGACGCAUCAGCCUUACAAUUCUUUAGCACACAACAAAUGAGCUCUACGAAACGGUAUCCGAGGACUCUUUGGAUUAACCGUGUGUAUAUUGAUCAUAUUAGCCAAUACAGAUCGCGGCAAACUACUUGUGCGUUACCAUAGACAAAGAUGCUUGAUUAGGAGUGGUCUUUGCACGUUAAAUUAUUACUGUGCAAGUCAUGUGGUAUUGAAAUAGUGUUCCAAAUUUAGAAUUGUGCAAGGUACAUAAAUGUAUGUACCGUUUGAAUGACUAUGAAGGGACUAACUAGCCCACCGUAUCACGGGGAAUACAUAGUGUGACAUUGAUUUAGUUAUAUACCUAUUUUUUUUAAUAGUUCCACGUUAAUACAUCGUAUUAUUGAUGUAUAUAUAUAGAAUUAACUAAAAAUAAAAUCUAGAAAUACAAGAGUUUACGUAUUUCAAUAAGUGUG